GCGUCUGCUCUAAUGCCGACCACCACUUCUUCCUCGCGUCGAAAAGCGUCACGUCGAGAACCUACCUCAGAUAUUGACGAAUCUCCACCUACAAACACAAGAAGAUCUGUAGAUGAAGACGUUGAGGAUGAUGAGGUCCAAUCCCGUCGUCCCAACAGAAAGAAUGUUAAAAAGAAGGGGAAGAAUCGAGCGGUAGUACCACCUGAUGAUAAUGCAGACGAGGUUGAGGACGACGAUGAGGAAGAUGAAGAUGAAGAUCCGAUUGAUGUCGAGAACUUUCCCGACCAACCUUUACUCAGGGCUCACGUUGAACGCCUCCAUGCGUUUUCAACAGACUGGCAAAGCGUGGCUAAUACCAUAAAAACAUCAGAAGGCGCGAUGGAAGGAAUAGCUCUCGCGCUUUCUGAGGCUACUGAUGGAGAUGCUGUAGACAAGGAACUGUUACAAGUAGAAACGACACUGAAGAGCCUCAUUGAUGUGGAGAUGGAAAUGCAGCUUCACAAGGAGCUGCUGAAAGACCUGGCUCAGGUGGUAGCCACAGAGGAUGUCGUUGAUAUCAUGGAACGCUAUGACAAGGGCGUUAAGGGCCUCAAACGCAAGUACGAGGAAAUGACAACGCGUCAGAAGUACGCGAAGAAUGCUGUCUACAAAGAGUUCAAGGAAUCGCUUUACUCUGUUGACCAUCCUGGCGAGGCUAUGCCUCCGAUAACCGAUUUUAUAGCCCAAGAACCAGGAGAUGAGGAAGACGAUGACGAUGAGCUUGAAAUAGGAGGUGUAACGCAGGACUUCAAAUGUCCGCUUACCUUAAGGACUCUUGAAGACCCUAUCACUUCUGCCACCUGUGGUCAUUCCUUUUCACAAGACGCCCUUCGCCAAUUGUUCAGCAAUCAGCAAAGCGCAAAGAAGUGCCCUGCAGCCGGGUGUAACAGAUCGUUCCGCUUUCAGGAUUGCAAGCCUGAUCGGGCGUUGGCACAGAGGAUGCGUAUCUUUGCGAAACGGCAGAAGGAGAAGUCUCAGGUAUCCUCGGAAGAGAUUAUCAGUUGACAAAUGUGCUUUUUCUCUCCCAACUAUCUGGCAAUGUUGACGUUCAUCUUACAUUGCCUUACUGAAUUGAAAUAACACAUCUUCAACCUUCGAGACAAGUUGACAUGAUUCUCUAAGAAAUAGGAUAUUAAUAAUAAUUCACUAUAU